CCCAAAUUUUUUUUUUUUUUUAAUUUUCUUUCUACUUAUUCUGCUUUUCCUCUCUGUUUCUCCCUCAUGGAGGACCUUCAGUUGACCAUGGCCAUACCAGGCUUGAGCUCCCCAUCUGGCUCCGAAGGGGGAGGAAGCAACGUGAGGGAUUUGGACAUGAAUAGGCCGGCGAGUGGAGGGGAGGAGGAGUUUCCGGCUAGCGGGGAGGAGGGUGAGGAGGAAGAUGGCGGUGAUGGCGAUGGAGAUUGCGGCCACCGGCCGAAGAAGCUCCGGCUUUCCAAGGAACAGUCGAGAAUGCUUGAGGAGAGCUUCAGGCAGAAUCAUACCUUGAAUCCUAAGCAAAAGGAGGCGUUGGCUUCGAAGCUGAGAUUGAGGCCUCGGCAGGUCGAGGUCUGGUUUCAGAACCGCCGGGCAAGAACAAAAUUGAAGCAGACAGAGAUGGAAUGCGAGUAUCUGAAGAGGUGCUUCGGAUCCCUAACUGAAGAGAACAGGAGGCUGCAGAGGGAGGUGGAGGAGCUCCGAGCUCUGAGAGUUGCGCCGCCCACUGUCCUCUCCCCGCUCACUCGUCAGCCAAUGCCGGCUUCCGCCCUCACGAUGUGCCCUCGUUGCCAACGCCUCACAAUGGCCACCCAUCGCCGGCCGCCGUCUACCGCGGCCUAAUUCAUCCAUCAUAAGUAUGUCUCAAGGGUAAGAAGUAGGAAGGUGGUGAUAUGUAAUUUUGUUGUAGAUAUUUGAUUGCACGAGUCUUGGUCGCUGACUGAUGUUAGGCCAAGGAUUUUGUACUGGUAAGUUGAGGUUUUAUUAGUGUGCUUGCA